AAGAAGAAGCAGUUCUAUCGGCAAGCACAAACAAACAAGAAAAUAAGAAAAUUUUCCGCGAAACUGGUGCAUUUUGAUUGUAUUUUGUAGUGUAGAAUAGUUCACAUAAGAAAUUUUAAAAUCAACUAAAACUUGUUCAAGUUCAUCGGAUCAUUCUAAACCAUGAAUGCGCCUCCAGCAUUUGAAUCAUUUUUGCUGUUCGAAGGAGAAAAAAAGAUAACAAUUGAGAAAGAUACGAAAGUACCAAAUGCUGCUAUCUUCACUGUUAACAAAGAGGAUCACACUCUUGGAAAUAUGAUUAAAAAUCAGCUUUUGAAAGAUCCAAAUGUUCUCUUUGCUGGAUACAAAGCACCUCAUCCUCUGGAAUAUAAAUUUCUUCUGAGAGUUCAGACUGUUAUGGAGUAUUCUCCCCAAGAAGCUUUUUCUAAUGCUAUUACUGACCUUAUUAGUGAAUUAUCUCUUUUAGAAGAAAGAUUUAAGGAAGCUGUUAAAGAAAAACAGGAGGGAUUGGAUUAAUUUUGUACAUGUAAUGGUCAUCUCCAAAAGAAGUCAUACAUUAUUUUAAAAGCAGUGAAAACAAUGUAAAUUUAAACUGACGGAUUAUUUUUGUGUAUAUAAUAAAGUGUUAGUCUUUUCUUAUUUGUAAAAAAUAUGAUGAAUAAAGAUUUUUA